UCAAGGGACUAAAUGAAGAUGAACAGCCCAGAUCGUCACAUAGACCGCUCACAGUCGCACCGCGAAGAAGAGGCAGCACAAUGGAGGAAACACUAGCGGAGCUGGAGCGAGUCCAAACUCAAAUACUGGAACGAAUAUCAAAACUGGAGCACACUUACCUUCCCCAAAACGACGCCGUCUCUGCACCGCAUCCUGAGCCAAUUUCAAUCUGUGACACCGAAGCUCGCCUCUCGAACAUUCUUCAAUCGAAUGGCGUGAACGAGUUUUUAUUCAAGAAAGUCCCGGCUGAUUACUACGACUGCCCUCUCGAAUCACGAAGAGACAUCCUUGGUGCGGCUUCCAUUGAUCAUCUUUGCAAAAGCAUCGUCUUGGUUAAUACACAAGCGCAGUCCAAUGUCGUUGAUUGUAGUGACCGCAACAAUUCGAAGUAUUAUGUAGUGGUUGUUCAGUAUACUGCUCGAUUUAAUGCUGAAACUGUCAAGAAUUUUUUGUACACGCUCAACCAUGCCAAGAUACCAAAAAAGAAAUUUAACUGUAAGCUGUUAUUCACUGGAUCACCAAACAAUUUCUUAUGA